CUCCCCAACUGAAAGCAUGAUUUAAAAGGAGAAAUCAAACUGCUUCCCAUUGCCAAGGAAACUUUCUGGGUAUCAGCCCUGCUUGAUGACUAUAAUAAAUGGGCUUGAAUUGGGCACAGAGUGUGGCGCAUCUCUGUCGUUUGAACUCACUCGUCCAUAACAACAGCAUACCAAAAGAGACAACAGGCAAGACCACUAACGUUAUGUUUAUUUCCCUCUAUGUUCUUCGUGUUGUCUACAAUGCAAAUAGCUAUCUUCUCCAGUAGUAACCAAAAGGUUUUUUUAUUUUUUAAGAGAAAAAAUCUUGGUACAGAGUUAACCACCUUUCAGAGGUCGAAGUUGGAAGCGCGGGCCGCUAAGCUCAGCAAACGUUCAAUUUCCGAGGCCCCUCUGCUCAGUAACCUGAGUUCUAAAGAAAUCCUCGGGAAGCAUCCCAUUAUAAACAGCGCGACCGGAGGCACCGGAAGUGGAGGCUCCUUCAUCUGUUCAAGCUACGCAUUUCCCGCGGAUAGACUGUAAGAUUAACAAACGGCUGAAGACACAAUUAGUGUUAACUAGAGGGUAAGGGGAUCCGCGGCUGGAGUGCAACUAGGUUUCACAAGUUUAGGCCCAAGACCCAAGGACCACAACUGUCGGAAACAGAAGUCUCCGGGUGGGCAGACAAUUGGAUGCGGGGCAGGAAGCGGAAGCCGGGCGCCGGAAGUGGAUUUAGUGGCGCCUGCGAUGGCUGAACCUGUGCUUGUUGCCGAAUCUCUGGCGGGCUGCAGGGCGCGGGCGGCGCGCACUGUGCUAGGUCAGGUGGUGCUCCCAGGUGAGGAGUUGCUGCUGCCUGACCAAGAGGAAACAGACGGCCCUGGCGUUGCAGGGGAGCGACCCUUGCGCCUGAAUGCUGGGAUGUGCCCGCGAUUGCGCGUAGUGUGCGGCCCUGGCUUACGGCGCUGCGGAGACCGUCUGCUGGUAACCAAGUGUGGCCGCUUUCGUCACAAGGAGUCUGGCAGUGGCAGCAGUGGUGGCAUUUACUGGGUGGACUCGCAACAGAAGCGGUAUGUACCAGUGAAAGGAGACCAUGUGAUUGGCAUAGUGACAGCCAAAUCUGGAGAUAUAUUCAAAGUUGAUGUUGGAGGGAGUGAGCCAGCCUCUUUGUCUUACUUGGCAUUUGAAGGUGCAACUAAAAGAAACAGACCAAAUGUGCAGGUUGGAGAUCUCAUCUAUGGCCAGUUUGUGGUUGCUAAUAAAGAUAUGGAACCAGAGAUGGUCUGUAUUGACAGCUGUGGAAGAGCCAAUGGAAUGGGUGUAAUUGGUCAGGAUGGCCUUCUCUUUAAAGUGACUUUAGGCUUGAUUAGAAAGCUAUUGGCACCAGAUUGUGAAAUUAUACAGGAAGUGGGAAAACUCUAUCCACUAGAGAUUGUAUUUGGCAUGAAUGGAAGAAUAUGGGUUAAGGCAAAAACCAUUCAGCAGACUUUAAUUUUGGCCAACAUUUUAGAAGCUUGUGAACACAUGACAGCAGACCAAAGAAAGCAAAUCUUUGCAAGACUGGCAGAAAGUUGACAAAUGUGGACUUCGUUAAUGGGUCAAUUGAACCAAGAGACUGGGUUUCCUAGAGAAACUUUUCAGGUGAACCUCUCCUAUUAAAUCUCCAGCAGGCAAGAUGUGACUGCACAUAUUGUCUAAUUAGAGUCUUAAGUAAAAUAUUUUUAUAAGGAAA